AGUGAUCAGCGACCCUCUUUUUAAACUCGUUGAUUAGCUUUUAUUUUGAAAGCUUUGACAGAAAAGCGACCGCUGAGACUUUUAUUCUGAAGGCCACCGGAAGCCGUUGACGCUGAACUAUCUAAAUUAUAUCAGAAAACGCUUGUCGUGUUUAGAAGAUUUAAAUGGAGAUUUUAAACAGCUUAGUUAAGUUUCUUAACUGAAGAUGUGAUUUAGUGGGAUGAAGACGAUGACUGUGAUAAACGACAUGCCGGAGACUAAGUCUGGAACAUGUUUAUCGGUUGCCUGACAACAGAGAGAAAAGAUGAUGGCGGAUGAAGGAAGACGAGGGGAGGAAGAGGACCGUGGCCCCGGAGCGGUCCAUCAGGUCUUCGUGGUGAUGGAGGGUCUGCUGGAGAAGUUAAAGGUGCUCAACUAUGAGGAGGAAAUCCUGGCCAAACACAACAUGAAAAAUCUGUCCAGACACUACUUUGUCUCCAGUCCGUACCUGGCGGUGAACCCGGGCGAGCAGUACUUCCUGUUCACCGUCAUCGCGGCGUGGCUCAUCAACGAGGCGGGCCGGCCGUUCACGGCGCCGCAGGAGCACGAUGAGCCCAACGCCACCGUGUCCAACAUCCUGUCGGAGCUCCGGGCCUUUGGUGUCAAGGUGGACUUCCCGCCCUCCAAGCUGAAGUCCGGCUCAGGCGAGUUUGUCUGCUUUGUUUUGGACCGCCUGGCCGAGGAGGCUCUGAAGAGGAAGGGCUUCUCCUUCAGGAGACCCAACUACCCAACAGAAACCACAGAAGAAGAGUCGGUGAUCGAGGACGACGCAGAGCUCACGCUCAGCAGAGUGGAGGAGGAGAUGAUCGAGGAGCCUGACGACGAGGAGGAGAACGUGAUGGACCUGGAGGCUCUGAAGUUACGCACCUGUCACACGGAUGCAGAAGCCUCCUCCAAACCCGACGAGAUCCUGGAGGCCACGGUGGACGCGGCGGAGUGGAGCCUGGAGGUGGAGAGGGUCUUGCCGCAGCUCAAAGUCACCAUCAGGACCGACAACAAGGACUGGAGGAUCCACGUGGAGCAGAUGCAUCAACACAGGGACGGCAUCAAGUCCUCGCUCAAAGAGGCCACGAGCUACCUGGACAGACUGCAGGAGGACAUCGGUAAGACUCUGGAGAAGGUGAGCAGCCGAGAGAAAUACAUCAACAACCAGCUGGAGCAUCUGAUCCAGGAGUACCGCAGCGCCCAGGCCAAACUCAGCCAGGCGAAGGAGCGCUACCAGCAGGCCAGCGGGGGAGUUACUGAGAGGACCAGAGUCCUGGCAGAGAUCAGUGAGGAGCUGGAGAAGGUGAAGCAGGAGAUGGAGGAGAAAGGCAGCAGCAUGUCUGACGGAGCUCCGGUGGUGAAGAUCAAGCAGAGUUUGACCAAGCUGAAGCAGGAGAUUGUUCAGAUGGACGUGAGAAUCGGCGUCGUCGAGCACACGCUGCUGCAGGCCAAACUCAAAGAGAAGUCCAACAUGACGCGCGACAUGCACGCCACCAACCUCCCGGAGCCCGCCUCCGGGACCUUCUCUUAGCCACACCUCCACGCUGGGCCCCUCUCUUAGGCACACCUCCACACUGGGCCCCUCUCUUAGGUACAGCUCCACGCUGGGCCCCUCUCUUAGGUACAGCUCCACGCUGGGCCCCUCUCUUAGGUACAGCUCCACGCUGGGCCCCUCUCUUAGGCACACCUCCACACUGGGCCCUUCUGUUAGGUACAGCUCCACACUGGGCCCUUCUGUUAGGUACAGCUCUACACUGGGCCCUUCUCUUAGGUACAGCUCCACGCUGGGCCCCUCUCUUAGGUACAGCUCCAAGCUGGGCCCUUCAGUUAGGCACACCUCCACGCUGGGCCUCUCUCUUAGGUACAGCUCCACGCUGGGCCCUUCUCUUAGGUUCAACUCCACGCUGGGCCCCUCUCUUAGGUACAGCUCCAAGCUGGGCCCUUCAGUUAGGCACACCUCCACGCUGGGCGCCUCUCUUAGGUACAGCUCCACGCUGGGCCCUUCUCUUAGGUUCAACUCCACGCUGGGCCCUUCUCUUAGGCACACCUCCACACUGGGCCCUUCUCUUAGGCACACUUCCACGCCGGGCCCUUCUGUUAGGUACAGCUCCACGCCGGGCCCUUCUGUUAGGUACACCUCCACGCCGGGCCCUUCUGUUAGUUACAGCUCCACGCAUGGCCCUUCUCUUAGGUACAGCUCCAGGCUGGGCCCUUCUGUUAGGCACACCUCCACACUGGGCCCUUCUGAACUGAAAGUCUCCUGAUGUUGGAUCCUUCUAAACCCUUUUUUAUUUUUCUAAACAACAGUCAGGGUGUAAUUGAAUCCCUUUGACUCUUCAUCCUGAUUGUCAUUAUUUAUUUCUGUUUUCUAUGUUUAUGGAUAGCAUUUGUUAUCACUUGUGUGUAUGAAUAUAAAAUAAAUGUUAAUGCUGUUAGAA